CGCCGCCAAAUUCCUUUGACCCCCCCCUUUCUCCUCUAAGCAAAAUACUACAAUAAAAAUCCCCUUCUCUGCGAUUUCCGUCCCGCGGUUUAUUUGAAUCCUCCUUUCAAAAGCCACUGUUGGUUUCCCCGCCAAAAAGCGCGCAAAGCAAACAUGUCUCAAUCCGGAGCCACCGUCUCGCAGGAGUGCGUGACGACGUACAACGAGCUCAAGCUCGGCAAGAACAUCAAGUACAUCAUCUUCAAGCUCUCAGACAACAACAAGGAGAUUGUGGUUGAGGAGGCCUCGGGCGACUCCGACUGGGAGAACUUCCGCAACAAGCUUGUCAACGCUACCGUCAAGUCGCCAAGUGGUGCUGUUGGCAAGGCUCCCCGCUACGCCGUCUACGACUUCCAGUACACCCUGGCUUCGGGCGAGGGUGAACGGAACAAGAUUACCUUUAUUGCCUGGUCUCCUGAUGACGCUGGUGUCAAGCCCAAGAUGAUCUACGCCGCGUCCAAGGACGCUCUAAAGCGCGCCCUGAACGGCAUUGCCCACGAACUGCAAGCCAACGACGCCGACGACAUCGAAUACGACUCUGUCCUGAAGACCGUCAGCAAGGGCCUGGCUUAAGCGUGGAUAUGCCCUGGGGGUUUUGUAUUCCUUCGCCGCGUUUUAGUAGAGACAAGAGUUGAGAGGAGGUGCUGUUUAGACGAACAAAAGAGGCUAGGGGAGAGAGAGUACGUCGUAUAGCUGGGAUAGGUUUUAGGCGUGCUCAUCUAUAAAUUCAAGCUCAUUCUACGUCG